GUAGAGAGAUGGACAACAAUUCUUGAUGUAAGCUCUGAAAAAAAGUGUCAAACUCCUCUCCUCCGGAGAUGCACGCUAUCCCAAGGAGAAUUCCUCGAUUGCUUAGAGUGAGAAAAGGAGAGAGAUAAAGCUCUCAGCCUCAGAUCUUCAUUUAUACGUGACAGACCAUCAGGCCAUCAACCUAGAAUCUUGACUACAGUGUUUUCUCCUUCAUUGCCUCUUUGGUUGAUCAUUGCGAUUCCACCACUUGGUAGGGCGGUCCCGACCCCAUAAUCCAGUAUGUGUGUACACAAUAUAAAAAAUUCCCUAAAUAUUAUUGCACAAUCUUUAUUCAUCAUUUAACAUUUUGUGUGCCACUUCAGCCCUCAGUUAACAUUUUCACUGACCUGAGACUCCAGCUUGCCGCGCAUUUUAGCUGUUCAGUUUUCCAUGCCGCCCUCCCUUCCACCACCUUAUGAUCGUGAUUCGCGAGCAGGAAUCCUGCAAUAAUCGACGCCAAACGAUCCCCCGCGCGGCGCGCGCAUUCCAAACUCUCAGCCCAGUUGUUGAUUCUCCUCCGUCGUCUUCAAAUCGACACUCAUCGACAAUCCGCCACCACCAUCUAACCUGGCAACAACUUAAAGAGUCACUUGCAGAGACCAUCUCCACUCGCUGCUUCUCCUCCAAGCUCCUCCAAUGCUUACAUGCGCGUGUCGUCACUUCCGGACUCCGCCAUAACCUCUUCAUCUCUACCCUCCUCAUUGCCAAAUACUUCGCCUUUCGCAACGCCGGCGCCGCCCGACUCCUCUUCGACGGCCAAUCCGGCCGUCUCACGAAGCCCCUCCUCUGGAAUUCACUUAUAAGCGGAUACCUGCGAUGCGGACUUCCUCGUCUCGCGCUCGACGUCUUCCGGGAGAUGACGGCUCGUUUUCCGCCGGAGUGCGAGCCUGACAGGCACACUUUCCAUCUUGCCCUCACCGCCUGCACGCGCUUAUCCGAAUUCGAUAUUGGUUUCAUGGUCGGAAGCCAUGCGCGGAGCCUAGGGUUUCAAUCCGAUCUUCUUGUUGCCACGGCUUUGGUUGUCUUGAAUGCGAAGGCGGGUGAAAUCGAGUCUGCACGUCAGGUGUUCGAUCAGAUGUCAGUUAAGGACAUCGUGUCCUGGAACGCCAUGAUUUCUGGCUAUUCCCAAGCCAGAUUGUUAUUAGAGGCUAUGAAACUAUUCGGGAAGAUGAGAAUUGUUGAAGGGAUCUGCGCUGCUGAAAGCAGCUUAGUGAGCCUUCUUUCUUGUUGUGGAGAAGAAGGUUGGAUUUCGACUGGUCAGGCUCUUCAUGCACUCAUAAUUAUAACUGGUUUUGAGAGAAAUCAGCUGGUGUUAAAUUCUCUGUUAGAAAUGUAUAUUAAAUGUGGAUGUUUAGAGAUUGCAGUUCAGUUCUUUGAUAGAAUGGUUCUGAAGGAUUCAAUUUCAUUUAGUUCUAUAAUUGGGGGAUAUCUUCAAAAUGGGCAACCUUCUAAAGCCCUCAAUACACUAUAUUGGAUGCUCCUCAACACCGGAAUUUCACCCACAAGGCCGAUAUUACUCAAUGGACUUCUUGCUUCUGCAUCGCUUGGCAAUUGGGAAACGGGACGGUGGAUCCAGACAACCUUCUUGUCAAGCAACAACGAUGACAUGGCCUCCGAUGCAUCUCUAAUCACGGCGCUUAUAUACAUGCAUGCAUGUUGCGGCAAGAUGGAGAUUGCCUUUCAAUUGCUCGAGACGGAUGUGAGGGUGAAAGGAGAUGUGAUCGCAUGGAAUGCUUUGAUGAAAGCGUGUGGUGAGACGGGAGACUUUCGCGUGGUCUUUGAGCUUUCGCUUCAAAUGCAGAGGAGAGGAAUUCAUCUCGACAAAGCUACCUUCUUAAUGUUGAUUUCAAUCAUCUCAGCAAAUCUUCUAUUAAGAAAAGGAGCUGAAACUCAUGCUUUGAUUGUUAGGAGGGGAUUCGAAUCUGAAAGAGUUGUUGCAAAUUCGUUGAUUGAUAUGUAUGGUCAAGUUGGAAAACUUGAGAGUUCUUAUGACGUAUUCAGAGGCAUACAAGAGAAGAAUGUGGUCUCGUGGAGCUCAAUAAUCGGAGCAUGUGCUCGGAACGGGGAUGACGAAGGGGCUUUCGGCCUUUUCACGCUCAUGGCUGACGAAAAAGUGAGGCCAAACAAGUUCACUUUUGCGGCGCUCUUGUCUGCUUGCAGUCAUGGAGGAUUUGUGGAGAAAGGGAGGGAAGUUUAUGAAUCCAUGGAAGGAUAUGGAUUGAGUCCAGGUAUCGAGCAUUUGACAUGCUUGAUUGACCUGUUUUGUAGAGCCGGGCUUUUGGUUGACGCACACCGUUUGUUAAAGGAUUUAAGUUUAGAGGAUAGCACCAGUUGUGUUCUUUGGGGAAUUUUGCUCAGUGGUUGCAGAGUGCAUGGAAAUUUGAUUAUUGGGGAGGAAGCUGCUAGACAUCUUUUUAGGUUGGAGCCAGGAAAUGCGGCUAACUAUUUGAUGCUGGCUGAUAUUUAUGUCUUAUUUGGAAAGAUGGAGAGUUCAAAUGGUGUUUUGAGAUUGUUGAAAGAGAAGGGACUUAAAAAGAGGCUUGGAUGUAGUUGGUUUGAUGUUGGCUAGAUUUUUUUUAUUUUUUGUGCUACAUGUGGGAGUGAUUUAGAGGCAUGCUUUUAUUCAUUCUGGCAACUGUUGUUUGGCCCAAAGGCUUCUUGAUUGGGGAGAAGGAAUGCAUCUCAUAGACUUUGAUGGAAAUGAUACCCAUUUAUGAUUUUUUGGAAAUCAUGUUUUGUAUUUGGGAGACUUAAUAGGCAGCUAGAGUUUGAUAAAGUCCUCAUGGAGGAAGUGUUAGAGAAUGUUUUCUCAAGGGAGAUAGUAGAAAUUGAAGCGCCAACAAAGUUUAAAAUUUUGUUUAUGGAAUCUUGCAAAGGAAGGUUAGGCUCUGCUGGCCAUGAUGGUUUGGUCGAGUCAACUUUAUGCAUGCUAAAGGUCAAUGAAAGUUUGAAAUGCAAAUUAUUCUUUAUGAAUUUGAAGGAUCAACUCUUCACUGGUUCAGCAAUUAACCUAUAGGGUUGGUUCACUUCUUGUAUGGAGACUUCAAAUGUAUCUUUAUCGCUUAAUUCGUCAGUAUGCAUAAGUUGCAGAAAUGUUCUUAGGCUUUACUGAGAAUUUGCUAGGCAUUUUGGGAAAGCUUGAGGUGCUUUGUCACUAGAUUUCAGCAGAAGAUGUUGGAGGUGAUAUACUUGGAACUAGCAAUUGCUCGUGUUGCAUUGGCUCGGGGCUUGAUAGAGGGUAUGUUCAAUUAUGCUCUUAGUUUGCAGUGCUUAAAAGUCUUGGUGGAGCUUUAAGAGUUGAUGAAUAAUCACAUAUUUACUGAUGAGUAUAAUUUGUUGUUGACUUCAUCUGGAGUGAAGAAUUGAGAGCACAACAGUCAAUUUAGAAGGCAUCUUUAUAGGAACUUGAUGGAGAUGAGAAGUUGCCUUGGCCAAAUAAGUUUACAGAGAACUUUUAUAAAAAGAACAAGUCGCCUGAAGGAGAGUAGUCGAUUCAAUAGAAUACCAACAACAAGUUGACAGGAGAGGAGGCUAGAGCCUCCUAGUCGUCCAAUUCUAAGAGUGACUCCGCCAAGUGUCACCGUGGCUGAAAUUAUCGAGGACAUCCGAAAUAAAGUUUUUUAAGAAACCUGCGUCACCGAGGACAGUAGGUCGCUUGUGUGACCAGAGCAAGUAUCGUGUAUAUUAUCGAGAUCAUGGCCAUCACACUGAGGAUUGUUGGCACCUCAAAAUUUAAUUGAAGAGCUAAUCAAGGCUGAGAAGUUGAAGGAGCUGGUGGCAUAAGGCUUGAACACAAGAAUACAACAGAAAUCUCCCAUGAAUGAAGAGCAUAAAGAGCUUGCCCUGGCACAAGUUCUUAUUGCAUGAGUGGCACCAAUGAUUUUGAGAAGAGAUGGACUUGAGGCUUCUCGCCAGUUUACCCUCAAAGUACUUAAGUUAGGAGAAGUGAACUUAGUGAAUACCUCAAUGUCAGUGGUAUCGACUCAGCCUUCAAUCAUCUUUACUGAUGAAAACUUGCUUGUGAAUGAGAAUUCAUAUAAUGAUGCAAUUCAUUUAACGUUGUUGCUUUUGAACUAUCAAAU